AUGGGUAGUUUAAUGAAUGUUCAGUGUUGUGGGUUCGUGUGUCGCCUCUGCUCAAAAUCGCACCGUGAGGUGAUAUUUAUUUACGGCACCGAUGGGAUUGCCCUGGACUUGCUGCGAAAGAUUAAUAACUAUCUUCCCGUAGAGAUUACCCCUACAGACCCGCUGCCCAAGACCAUCUGUGUGGCGUGUACUUCAAAGAUCCUGCAGCACCAUCUGCUGAUGGAACAGAUACAGAAUGUGCAGCACAGGUUCAAGCAGAUGCGUGACGAGGAAUUGAUUCGAAUAAGAAAAAGCAAGGACACGACUCAGUCCUCUUCCUACGGGGCUCCCCGGAGUAUCGUAAAGACGAAAUCUAGCACCAGCACGCAAACUCCAGCCCCAGAGCCCUCAGUCAAACGACAAAGACAGCAAACUGGUGUGGCACCGAGCAGUGGCUCAAACAGUUGUGCAUCCUGGACGUACGAUGAGGGCGCCGGACCCAGCCGACCGCGUGCCGGUGACAGUGGGCCGAUGCAAUCGUCCGAUUUCGUCUUCAAGGAACCGCUGCCCGUGAAAACAGCUGGUACACCUGAGCCGGGCCCCAGUGAUCAUUAGUAUACGGUUAUGCUCUGACAUUGCUCUUCAUCGCCACUAAAUCGGUGCACAUUAAAAGCGAUUUUAAUAAAACAGCACGACCAACCUUAAGUAAUCCUCGGGUCGGCCUUAAGGCGAAACGAGCAAGGACCUUAAUCGCUACCGUCACGAUCAUGCAGUGGAAUGGAAUGUCUAGGACGGGGACAGCUAGGGUCUUGAAGCAACUGAAACGCUAGUUGGAGACAUCGAAAGACAUCAAGACAUCGAACGCGGGCAAAAGUAGAUAAUUGAUAAGAAAACCGUUAAAAAAAUAGUUCAUAAGGAGAUGAUUGUGGGAAGCUGCAAAAAUAGGUUAACUCGAGGAACACAGGAUACGAUAUGAACCCAAAAGGAUAAUUUUUCAAAACGGGGUAGCAAGAGUCGCCGAAACCACUUCCUACCUGCUGCCGACCCAAGCUUAGAAAUCUGAUCGCUAAUUACCCAGCUAGCUCUAUGGCCACGUUACCAGGCAGCUCUACUGACGGAUACGAACCGACUUUUGCCACCGAGCACUAGGCGCUGAAGGGAUCGUAGUCGAAUUCACAAGAAAUGGACGACAGAGAGUAGCAAACAAUCUUCAUCGAUUCACAGCU